AUGGCGAAUCAAGUCGGCGCGAAUGGGAAACUGGAACGGAAGAAGACGAUGGCGAUGAACUGGGCCGGAUUAGGCGAUGUUGAAGACGACGACGAUCACUUCUUCGAGAGCUCUAACCGUAUCUCCACCGUCGUCCCUAUCGAUUUGGCAUCUUCUUCUGACGACGAGGAGGAAGGAGAUUUCGAUGAUUGCCGGAUCUCAUUUUCCUCUAACGUCACUCGUUCCGCUCCUGUGCCGGCGGUUAUGUCGCCGGAUUUCGAUAUCUGGAUGGCGGCGCCGGGAUCAAUCACGGAGCGACGUCGUAGGCUUCGAGAUGGAAUGGGGAUCGAGUCGAAGAGGAGUAUGCUCGGAUCCAUCUCGAUCCAACGCAUCAGCAAACCUACGGCGAUUGAGAUCGUAGGAGGAGACGUUACGGUUACGGAAGCGAAGGUUGAGGAGCCGGUUCAUAAUCCUACGGUGGAUCAACAGUCUCCUCCGAUGUCGGUUUUAAUCGUACGGUCCAGAUCCGAUUCCGAUAUUGAAGCCACUUCCGCGGAGAAAGAUAGGAAAGAGGAAAUGUUAGGGAAAACGUCGAAAUCGCGUCUGACGAGAACCGCGUCUGCGUUUGGAGCUCCGCGUGCGAGAGUCUGUCCUUACUUCACGCGAACGCAAGCCUCCUCGCCUCCGAACGCAACCAAACGCAGCGGCGUGAAGCUCUCUACGGUAGUUUCCAAUACUCAGUUCAGUGCUUUCUUCCUGAUUAAGAAUCUGGACACAGGGAAAGAGUUCAUCGUGAAGGAGUACGGCGAGAACGGGACGUGGAACCGUCUCAGCGAUCUUCAAACAGGUAAGCAAUUGACGAUGGAAGAGUUUGAGAAGAGCGUUGGGUUCUCAUCUAUCGUUAAGGACCUUAUGCGACGAGAUAACGCGAAUUCCGCCAUUGAUUUGAGUAAACUCAAUUCGUAUGUGUCAAAGAGCUUGAGAGAAAGCAAGAAGAGAGGAGUUGCUUUUUUGAAAAACAUAAAGGGUGUUGCUCAUUCGAUGAGCUCUAAGAUUCCAGAGAAAGACAAGGUGGAUCCUAAUGUUAGUCAGAGAGUAGUGGACCAACAGCAGGAGAAGAACAACGACGAGACGAAUCAGUGGGUGAAGGUUAGGCAUUCAGGGAAGUCUCAUAAAGAGCUCAGUGCUUUGCAUUUGUGCCAAGAGAUUCAAGCUCAUCAAGGAGCUAUUUGGACUAUGAAGUUUAGUCCUGACGCGCAUUUGUUAGCAAGUGGAGGGGAGGAUUGCGUUAUUCAUGUGUGGGAGGUUCAAGAAUGUGAGAUCUUGUCAACGAAUGAAGGGAGCUUGACACCUGUUCAUCCUUCUGUGUCUGGGGAAGGUGAUGAUGCAGCAGAAGUGCCGCUGGAGAAGGAGAAAAAAGGGAAAGCUCCUUCGGUUAAAAAAGGAAAAGCUCCAUCGAUUAGAAAAGGGAAUCAGAUCCCAGAUUAUGUCCAUCCCCCUGAAACUGUCUUCUCAUUAUCAGAUAAACCCAUAUGCAGUUUCACUGGCCAUUUGGAUGAUGUUCUGGAUUUGUCCUGGUCUCGGUCACAGCUUUUGCUUUCAUCUUCCAAGGACAAAACGGUGCGGUUAUGGGAUAUCGAAACUCAAAGCUGCUUAAAACUGUUUGCCCACAAUGACUAUGUUACUUGUGUACAGUUUAAUCCAUUGGAUGAAGAUUACUUCAUAAGUGGCUCCCUUGAUGCUAAGAUCCGUAUAUGGAACAUAUCAAACCGUCAAGUAGUGGAGUGGACUGAUCUAAAUGAAAUGGUUACCGCGGUUUGUUACGCACCUGAUGGUCAGGCUGCGUUCGUUGGUUCACAUAAAGGGAAUUGUCGGCUUUAUAGUGCAGAGGAUUGCAAGCUGGAGCAAACAAACCAUAUCGAUCUGCAAAACAAAAAGAAAGCUCAAGCUCAAAAGAUCACAGCUUUCCAGUUUUCGCCGGUUAAUCCAUCAGAAGUGCUUGUAACUUCUGCUGAUUCACGCAUUCGGAUUCUUGACGGUACUGAACUUGUUCAAAAGUUUAGAGGUUUCAAAAACACGUGCAGCCAAAUGACAGCAUCUUACACACUAGAUGCAAAACACAUUGUCUGCGCAAGCGAAGACUCACAGGUUUACAUGUGGAAACACGAGGAGCCACGAGUAGGAAUCACCGGUAGAAAAACCAUAGCCAUGUGUACUUCUUUCGAAACCUUCCCUUGCAAAGACGUCUCCGUGGCAAUACCUUGGCAUGGCGUCGUAAAAGGCGAACCACCACCCACACAAACCCAACCGAAGAAAAACCCAAAGAAACCCUCAACUACUACUACACCAGAAAACGCAACCACGGCUAAAAAGUCCGGCCUCCCACCGUUACCUAAGAAAAACAAUGACGACACGGCAAAUGUAGCAACAGAAGAACAUCAAGAAGAUGAGCCCACGACACAUAUUCCGCAAAAUGAAACAGAGAACACGACUGGAGAGUCAUUGAAGCCAGGGGACUCACCUUCUAUAUCGAUCUCAUCUCGGAUAUCUUCAUGGUCUUGGUUCGAUGGUAGUGGCAGUCAUGGAACUCCUUUGGCUCAACCAACGGCUUGGGGAAUGGUGAUCGUUACAUCCACGAUCGGUGGUCAAAUCAGGGCUUACCAGAACUUCGGUUUGCCCCGCAGAGUUGGUCGUCAGGGCUCUCUGUUUUGACGCAGUGUACAUAUUUACGUGUAUAUUUAUUGGGAGUUUAUAAAGCUCAUAAAGAAGUUCUUGUAUAGUCUACUGAGAGUUUAACAUAUGAAUAUAUU